AACAAACCUGAAAAAAAUCAUUAGUCGAACACCACAAUCCCAUACGGUGAUACUUACCCAAAAACAAAAAUGUAACUCUUAAUUUUAUAAAUUAGUUUCCCAGGCCAAGAAUUGUGAAGGGCGAGGACUAGACGCUGGGAAUGGGAUCUUCAACAUUUCUUCUGUUUUCUUAUUCAGUUGUUUUAUCCCUUGCUACUCUUACCCUUUCGGAUGAUGUUUAUUUUGAGCAUAGCUGUAAUGAAAUCAGAGGCAACUACACCGCAAACAGCAAUUACCAGGGCAACCUCAAUAGCAUCGUCUCUCACUUCUCCUCUCUUACAGAAUUCAAUUACGGCUUCUUCAAUCUGUCUGCUGGUGUAAGCCCUGAUAACGUUAACGUAAUCGCACUUUGCAGGGGUGACUUAGACCAACAUCAAUGCAACACUUGCCUCAACUACACCGCAACCGAGCUCGAGCGAUUUUGUCCCUCCAACAAGGAGGCGACCGCGUGGUCUGAACUUUGUUUGGUGCGAUACGCCAAUCGUGACAUGUAUGGAAUGCUGGAGAACGAUCCUCGUACUUGUGUUUACAACCUAGCGAAUGCAUCGAACCCUAGAAAGUUCAAUCAGGCAUUAAGUAGACUGUUGAAUGACCUGAAAAGCAAAGCUGCAGCAGGGGGUCCUCUUCGCAAGUAUGCAGCUGGUAAUGCUACAGCUGGUAACUUGCAAACGGUAUACGCUACGGUGCAGUGUACUCCUGAUUUGGACAAGAGAAAUUGCACUACUUGUCUAACUUACGCGAUGAGCGAGCUUCAAAAGUGUUGCUAUGGAAGGAUAGGAUGCAGGGUUCUUAGACCAAACUGUGUCUGUAGGUUUGAAACUAAUUACCGAUUUUAUAAUCAGAUUGCAGUUCCUCUGCCACCAAGUCCAACAACUUCUUCUCCGACAUCAAUAGGAGGAAACAGGAACAACUAGAAUAAAAACCACUAAUAAAGACGCAUAUAUUAGUCUCAAAAAGCCUGUUAUUUACCUCUACAUCAUAUAGAGGCAGAUAAAAUUUCUGUCCUCAAUACUCUAUUCACUAAAUCUAUAUCAUAAAAAUAAAAAAGAUUUGGUAAAAGGUUUGUACAUACUGUGUUAUCCUAUGAAAGUGUGGAGAGUUACACUCAAUUUGUAAGAUAUUAUCCGUUUUAAUCCAAAAGUCUCAUAGUUUUGUCAUACAAAAGAUGUCUCAUAGAUUUAGAUUUAAAUCUCAAUAUAUAUGUCAUAUCAUAUCAAUAUAUUUUUCUAAUGUAGGGUUGGGACAUUAUAAUCUUUCCACCUUUAAAACUUGACGUCUCGAACAAACUAAUUUCAACCAUAGGACCAAGAUCACACCAAACUUGGAAUUCUAGAGAUGGCUCGCAUCAUGUAAUACUUAGUGAUUUGAUCUCACCAUGUAGUACUAAGUAACUUCUACGACAUAGCACUUAGUUCUCGUCGAUCGGUGAUCGUUCUAAUAUCAUUUGUGGAGACACCCACCCAACCUAUGAGUUAUUAUCCGCUUUGAUCCUAAAGUCUCGCGAUUUUAUCACACAA